AAUGUCAACAUGAAAAGUGAUGAUUGUUUAUGCCAGUUUAUGCUAAAGUAUUUUUAUUUUAAUUAAAUCACAUAUAGUGUAAAAUGGACGAGGCACCGAAAAGGGGCCGUGGCAGAGGAAGAGGAGGCAGAGGUCGUGGACGAGGUCGCGGUAGAGGUCGGGGCAGAGGAAAAAAAGCGAUAAAGGUUAUUGAAAGUGAUGAAGAAAUUGAAAAUAAAGUUGUUUUACCUCCAGAAGCAACCGAAGAACUUCAAACUCCGAGCGAAAUUCCAGAAGAAACUGGCCCUCCCCCAAUUGAUUUGGAAGCAGAUAUUUCGCAACUGGAAGCACCUACAUUUACAACAAUUAAUAGGGGGCCACCAGAGCCUAUGUUAAGAUUAAACUGGGAUCACAAAGUUAGUUUAAUCGGUGAAAAAGUAUUAAAUCCAAUGAUACAUUGCUGCGAUAAAUGCUUAAAACCCAUUUUAAUAUAUGGCAGGAUGAUCCCAUGUAAACAUGUUUUUUGUUUGGCAUGUGGCAAGGAAGAGCAAAAACAAUGUCCGAGAUGUUUUGAAAAGAUUUCUAGAGUGGAGCAGACUGGUCUAGGUACUGUUUUUAUGUGUACUCAUGGGGGAACUAGAUAUGGAACAACUGGUUGCAGAAGGACUUAUCUGUCACAGAGAGAUUUACAAGCACAUAUCAAUCAUAGACACGUGUCAAAUCUCACUGCACAACAACUACAAAUUCCACAACCUAUGGAAGUAAUUGUAGCUGAACCCGAAAGACCUUCGAUUCGGCAAAAGCCAAACAUAAUUAACGAUCCUCGUAAUCCAAAUUCAGCUGGGACGCGUCGACCUUCACAAAUUCAAUCGUCAGGCUUAAGAACGAAUCUGAUUACUGUACCGAUACAAGAAACAGCCUCAGUAAACCAUGAGACUAUACCUGCAUCACAAAAUUAUUAUAACCAAUAUACACAUACACAAGGUAACUUACAACCAGCAGCCUAUGGUCAGACUCUUCCACCUAUGCACAUUCCCCCGCCACAGACGCAAGCGCAAUACUAUACAGCGCCCACCUAUAGUCCUGCUGGACAAAAUUAUACAAAUUAUGCUGGAACUGCCACGGGAACUCAGCAACAAUACGUAGCACCGACUGCACCAGUGCCAUCCAGAGUGACUCAACAAUACGAUUACACUACUGGAACGACACAGUGGGCUAAUAAUCAACAAUAUUAUAGAUAGUAGAUAUAUUACAUUAUAAGGACAUAUUUUAAAAUUUAAGUUUUACUUAUGUAUAACAGUUGUUAUGAGUAAAAAAUUAGUUUUAAAAAA